UAAAAUGAACAGCUACAUCCGCCAAGCGGCGAGGCCCCAUUUACUAGCAGGGAAAGCGGAAAGACAAGUCAGUCGUCGAUUUGCUGUCCAAAAACACCUUAUUUCCAACGAAAACCAAACAUGUCUCACACCAUCCUGCUGGUGCAGCCUGGGCCCAGGCCAGAGACUCGGACGUACUCAGACUACGACUCUGUGACUGAGUGCAUGGAAGCUGGAGUGUGUAAGAUCUUUGAGGAACACCUGAAGAGGAGCCACCCAAACAGUCCCUCCAUCACAUACGACAUCAGCCAGCUCUUCGACUUCAUCGACCAGCUGCCAGACCUCUCCUGUCUAGUAUACCAGAAAUCCACAAACACCUAUGCUCCCUGCAACAAGGAGUGGAUCAAGGAGAAGAUUUACAUCAUGCUACGGAAACAGGCUGGCAAGAGUGCAUGAUGCUGUGCACUGGAGCUGCCAGGAGCUGGGAGGAGGGGUGAAGGAUAGAUGUACAAAUGUAACAGGAGGGGGUAGAGUCACAGCUGUUGAUCUGGUGGUCCUAUUUUUCACAUCAAUUAUGGUAGUCACAUCCUACAUCACAAUGAGUGAACAAGUUCUUACUCAGGUACAAAAAAAAGAGUCAUCUGUAUUGCAAAUUAUCUGUUUGUAACAAAGGCUUGUGUAAUCAUGGGACAGACAUAACACAAUGAGAAACCAUCUCUAACCAAUGGAAAGGAGGGGGAUUUUAAAUCAGAUGCAACUAUUGUUGUGAAUGUUGUUUGCCACAUCUUGUGCCACCAUCAGAGACAUGUAACUGUGAGAAGUUGAUGUAGAUACAUGUACUGGUGGAUUGAUCCCUAUUAGGUUUAUUCCCUUCCCUUGUGCAUAGUUCAGAAGACAAUGAAGAAUCAAAUUGUACUUCUCGGUAAUGAUAAUGCUGAACAAAGAAAGUGAGAUUGA